AUGGACCACUUUCCGGGAACCUGGGGCCGCCCCCGGAACGAUGUCUACGGAGCUUACGAUCCCUCAUAUCUUCAGACCACUGGUCCGAAGACACACACCUCAUCACCAGCCGUGACGGGAACAUCGGUGGUGGGUGUGAAGUUCAAUGGUGGUGUCGUACUGGCCACUGAUAACCUAGCAUCGUAUGGAUCACUGGCCCGUUUCUCGGAUGUCAAGCGGCUGCGAGUCUUUGGCGACAAGGCUGUUGUGGGCUUUGGUGGUGAUGUGUCCGACAUGCAAUACAUUGACCGACUCCUCGAAUCCAUCGAUAUCCGCGAGAAUUAUUCAUCCAACGGCAAUAUGCUCAAUGCCAAGAACCUUCACACCUACCUUGCCAAGGUAUUCUACAAACGACGCUCUGAGUUCAAUCCGCUGUGGAACCACAUCCUGGUCGCAGGCUUCGACGGGGAGGGUAAGUCAUUCCUCAGCUCCGCCGACUUGUUGGGCACCACAUUCUCCGGUCCUCAUCUUGCAACCGGCUUUGGUGCCCACCUUGCGGUUCCCAUUCUGCGCCGUCUAUUUCCGGAAGAGAAGCCAAUUGAAGAGAUCACUCGGGAGGAUGCCGUGUCUGCACUCAAGGAUUGUUUGAAGGUUCUAUUCUACCGGGAUGCCCGGAGUCUCGAUAAGUAUUCGAUAGCCGUGAUUACCCAGGAUGGGAUCGACCUGAAGGAGAAUGAGCAGCUUGAGGGGCAAAGCUGGGCCUUUGCCGAAAGGAUCAAGGGUUACGGUGCCCAGGCCGUUUAA